AUGUCGGCCGUCACGCGAGCCUCAAUGAGGGCAGGAGUCCAGGGAUCCCCCAAACAAAUCGAAGACCUGGCCUUCAACAUGGCCGGGUUCGCCGUGGAAGAUGAGAGUGGAAAUCGAGAAAAAUAUCAGGUCAUUGUUGCUCGAUGGAAGAACUCCAAAAAUUGGAGUACUAUCAUCAACAAAGUUCAACAAGGAGGUGUCAAACUUCGUGGAUUGAAAGAGUGCUCUGGCUCUCCUCAUGAGUGUAGGAUAGAGCCCAUCUAUAUAUCUAUCUAA